AUGCCCACGCCGGGGGCUCAAGUGCGGGCUGCACACGCAACUCAGCGCGGCCGAAGCCCACAGCCGCGUUUCAAACCGCGGUUCUCCCUCCUGCAUGUUUCUCCCGGGGACCUGCGGGGACCUGCGGGGACCUGCGGGGACCUGCGCAGACGACAAAAGCCAACUUCCAUCUUCCGCUCCGGGGGGAUCUGGGCAAAGCCCGGUACAGUAGCGCGGCCCGGCGGGGAGGGGCCGGAGGGCAGGGCCGCCCUCCGCCCGCGCGCUCCGUGGCCCCGGUCCGCCGCCCCGCCAGCGCCGGCUUCCGCCAGGCCCGGGCCCUCGGGCCCUUCGAGUCACCGGCCUCUCCGUGGCCGGCAUCGGUUGCACGGGCGCUCCCGCGCUGUCCGGACCCCGGCGCCACCAGCAGCGUCCAGCCCCGUCCCCCGCGCCCGGGCCGGCCCGCGCCACGGGGCAGCGCUGGGUGGACCCCCGGGCGCGGACGCGUGCGGGGUGCGAGGUGCGCAAGGGCGGUCGGGCCUGGCUGCGGGCGGACCUGUCCCGCUCCCGAGGAAGCGAGAAGCCACUCUCUCGGCCCCAGAAGGCCUCGCCGCGACCGCGGGCGCCCGGGCCUUGCGGUCCGUGAUGUCUGGGAAGUCACUUGGCCUCCAGAAAUCUGCGGCCUCCUCUACAAGUGGGAGAGCUACUGCCAUCCUGAGUAGACACCAGGGCUAGGAGCACAGGAGACCCACAGUCCACACGCCAGCCCGUGGGUGAAGCUGAGUGCCUGUCAGCCCAGCCUUAUGCGUCACCCGGCAGCUUUGAAGACUGUGGUUCUGGGCAGCAUCAAAGGUGAGACCUGCUGUCUUAGCCGUGAGGCUACCCCCACCUGAACCUGCCUGCCUGGCUCCUACUGGGAAGACCUGAGCGUCAGCUUCCCUCCAAGCCCCAGGUGGGAGAGUGUGAUGAUCCAGACAAGGAGGGACGCGUGGAAGGGCGCCUCCUAUGAGCUGCUCCUGCACUUCCUGCAGCACCUCUGUUGGCUUUCUAAGCAGUGCCCACUGGGCACAGAUGCAAGGCCCAUUUCUGCACUGUCCUGGGAACCUGGACCAUGCUGAAAGCCCACCUCUUCCUGGAAGGCCUUUCCUGGCACUGUCCCCAACUCCUAUCCACUCCGGGCUGGCAUGGGCCCUCUGGGUCCUGGCAGCCAGUGUAGGGCUGGUCACAACACCAGCCACGUGCAUACAAUGUGCUUCCUGGUCCAUCUUCCACAUGGAAAGGCCUCUGGUUCUGGGUCCUCUGGCAGGGGGAUGCAUGCACUGGGUGCUGAAUGAACAGGAAGCUGCCGAGUCUCCCUCCAUGGGCAGGAAGAGACUCCUAACUGGCUUAGCCCCUUCCCCUGGGAGUAGGGCUCCUACAAGACGUGACUUCAACCAUGCACCAAAUUCAAAGUAUCCAUCCAAAGCACCCUUUUCUGUCCUGCCCUCCACGGACAGUGAAGAUAAAAGCUCUGUUGUGCUGUGGAAGGAGUGGAUGUGGAUUAAACCCGGACAGGUGACUCCCCCAGAGCAGUCAGCGUUCCCUCCAGUGCUGGGUCCAGUGCCUGCCCGGUAGUGCUGUGGGUGGAAGAGGUGGACAGGUGGCUCUGUGGUCUGAGUGAACUCCUCUUCCAGCCCAGGGAAGUGACUCUGGGUUUGCUAGGGCAAGGCUCUCCUGGGAGUCAGCCCUGAGAAGGGGCUGAUGCCACAGGCCAGGUAGUGACCUCCAGAAGGGGCACCUUGCCUCCCGAGGUCUUUGAUGGCUCCGACCUACUGAAACCUUGGUGCUCUCCAUUUCCAUGAAUGUGGGCCUCGAGGGAGUGGCAGGGACGACAGCCCCAUCUUGUGCAGGCAUGACUGCUGAGUGCAGGUGC